CUUCUCGUGCGCGCGGGCCAGCGGGAUCUGUGUCGCCCUUCCCCCCCGUUCUUACUUCACAAGCAAGCACGAACCUGACAGGGGACAGAGCCGUCCACUUCCCUCGGCAGGAAGGGGUUUGAGACCGCUCGCGUCGCGACCCUGAGCGCCAACAUCACAGCCGCCCCCUCCCUCUUUUCUCCCCCCCCUCUCUCUCUGUUGCGGCCUCGCUCUCUUCCAUCUUCUUCCCGCCCGCCUCUUCUUCCCAACGCGAGCUUGCCAUUCCCUUCACGUUGCCUGCGGGGCUCGAGACUUCCCCCUCUUCUCUUUCCCGAGGCGCUGCCGGCUCUAACGGAGAGGGAGCAAAAGCGGGCAAAAGGCGCGCGUCCUCCCGGAGGACUGAUCCCGCGGCGGCGGCGGCGGCGGCGGCAGCAGGUGGGAUCGAGGCCCACCUUCGAGGCGUCUGUUUUGCUGACGCGCGCGCAGGCGAAGCCAACAGAACGCGGGUGUAUUGGGUGGGGGGUGGGGGGAGAGAAACGCGUCCGCCUGCUCGCUGUCUCGCUCUCUUUCCUCGCCACCCUCCACGUCCACUGUUUCGUAGCGUUCAACCCUUUCCCAUUUCCGUGACGGCCGGCCGGCCCGCCCGCCCGACAGCCAGCCAGUCAGUUUCCCCUUCCGGGCCGGCAGGAGCGCACGGUGUUGCCUGUAUCGCUGGGCUUAAAGUCUGAAACGGCUGGGCUUCUUGACGUGCCGUGGCUGCCUUUUUCCUUCCUUCCUUCCCUCCCUCCCUUCACCUUCCUGUUUUGUUUCUAACUCGCCGCUUUAGAGGCAGCGUAUAAAGUCAAAGCCCGGGAGAAACGCGCGGGGCAAGGGUCUCGGUCGCCCUCCCCUCUCCCCUCCGCUUCUUUUUUUUUCCGCCCCCCUUUUCUCUCGACGGCCUUGAACGCGUGCUGAGGAGAGAGUAGGGGCGCCGGGCCCUUUUUCUCGCCGCCGCCAGCGCCAUGUUGAAACAACCGCUGCCGCCGCCCUCCCCUCAACCUGCUGCGCCUCCCUCGGGCCCCCCUCCUCCGACGCCGCCUCCGGCCGCUGCCGUGGCUGCUGCCGCCGCCGCCGCUUCCCGCAAAGCCAACCCACCCCCGCCCAGCCCCAACGGGAACCUCAGCCCCGGGGCGGCGGGCGGACCGAGAGCCACAAUGGUGGCUCCCCCAGGUAGCGGCGGAGGGGCCCCCCCUGGAGGAAGCGGCACCAGGGGCCAGAGUACAGGCAAAGGACCUCCACAAUCUCCUGCUUUUGAGGGUGUUUAUAACAAUUCCCGAAUGCUGCACUUUCUAACAGCAGUUGUGGGAUCCACAUGUGAUGUGAAAGUGAAAAGUGGAAGUACAUUUGAAGGAAUUUUUAAGACCCUGAGUUCUAAGUUUGAGCUGGCUGUGGAUGCUGUGCACAAGAAGGUGCCCGACCAGCCAGUAGGGCCGAGGAGGGAGGAUAUUGUAGACACUAUGGUUUUCAAGCCUUCUGAUGUCAUGUUAGUGCACUUCCGCAAUGUUGAUUUUAACUACGCCACCAAAGAUAAGUUCACAGAUUCUGCCAUUGCCAUGAAUUCUAAAGUGAAUGGGGAGCACAAAGAGAAAGUACUUCAACGCUGGGAAGGGGGAGAUAGCAACAGUGAUGAUUAUGACUUAGAAUCAGAUAUGUCUAAUGGCUGGGACCCCAAUGAGAUGUUCAAAUUCAAUGAGGAAAAUUAUGGUGUGAAGACAACAUAUGAUAGCAGUCUCUCCUCAUAUACAGUCCCUCUUGAAAAAGACAAUACAGAGGCUUUUCGGCAACGAGAGGCCAGAGCUGCACAGCUGGCAAGAGAAAUUGAGUCAAGCCCCCAAUAUAGAUUGCGUAUUGCAAUGGAAAAUGAUGAUGGGCGGACAGAAGAAGAGAAGCACAGUUCAGUGCAAAGACAAGUGUCUGGAAGAGAUAGUCCCAGUUUGGCUUCCAGAGAGGGCAAAUAUAUUCCACUUCCCCAACGUGUUAGAGAAAGCUCCAGAGGAGGCAUACGCUGCAGUAGUUCUAGAGGAGGGAGGCCAGGCAUGGGCUCCUUGCCACCCCGUGGGAGUUCACAUCAUUCAGAAAGCAACACUGGCUCUGCUCCUGAGCAACGAGGUAUCAAUGGAGGUCCAUCUAGAAUGUCUCCAAAGUCUCAACGACCCACUCGAGGGGCCAAGAAUAUGUCUUCCCCGACCAGCCGACCCAUGGAAGUCGCUGCUGCAUCUCCUACAGUGGGCCGUCUCUAUGCUCCUCGUUCACCGAAGUCUGCCUCAACUGUUCCAGUCUCUUCCCAAGAUCCCCCUGUGGGAUCAGCUAUCCCUAUUGUUCCUGCAUCACCUUCUGAGUCAAGGACUACCAUGGAAUCGAGUGCUUCCCCAACCCCACCUUCACCUAAAGUCCCAGCAUCUAUCCCAGUAGCUGCUGUUGAAGUUAAAGAGGUGCCUAGCUCUGCCACCAAAGAAGCGGGCAGGACUGUAGAAAUUAUGGGCCCCUCAGACUUGGUCAAACAGGCUAGCAAAGGUCUCCAAAAUGAACAAAAGAGGAAUCAGCUGGAGGAGUUGAGGAAGUUUGGAGCCCAGUUUAAGUUACAGCCCAGCUCCUCUCCAGAGGCCACCCAUGACCCCUUCCGGCCAAAGGAGUCUCUUGAAGGGAAAGUCAAAGACAAACUGCCAGAGGUGUUGGUUGGGGCAGGCAGCUCGUGUGAAGGGUCUGAAGAGUCUCCCAAGCCCAGCCUGGAUUUCUGUGAAGGCAGCAGCAAGGAGGAGAAAGGAUCCUCUGAGGGCAUGGAACGCCAGACCCAGACUGCCAGUCCUCUGGGUAAAGGGGAAGCGGAGGACAAGGAAGAGGGUCCUGUUUCAGAGCAGGUGAAGAAAUCAACAUUGAAUCCUAAUGCAAAAGAAUUCAACCCCUCAAAGACGCUUCUUUCUGUGAACAAAUCAACAAGUACGCCUACAUCACCAGGGCCACGCACCCAUUCUACACCCUCCAUCCCAGUGAUUACCCCAGGGCAAAGUGGCAUGUACAGCACUCAAUAUAUUUCUUACAUCCCACAGAUUCAUAUGAGCCCAGCUGUGCAGACACCUCAAAUGUACCCCUAUCCUGUUUCCAAUUCUGUGCCCGGGCAGCAGGGGAAAUAUCGAGCUAAAGGGUCUCUACCUCCCCAGCGUUCAGACCAGCAUCAGCCCACCUCAGCUCCUCCCAUUAUGCAAGCAGCAGCGGCUGCGGGGCCCCCUCUGGUAGCUGCUACUCCAUACUCUUCAUACAUCUCCUAUAAUCCCCAGCAGUUCACAGGACAGCCUACUAUGAUGCAGCCCAUGGCCCACUAUUCCUCGCAGCCUGUGUUUGCACCCAUGCUGCAGAGUAACCCCCGUAUGAUGACAUCUGGCAGUCACCCCCAGGCUAUCGUCUCAUCAUCUACACAAUAUCCCCCAGCAGAACAACCUACACCCCAAACUCUUUAUGCCACAGUGCAUCAGUCGUAUACCCAUCAUGCCACACAGCUGCAUCCGCAUCAGCCUCAACCAGCUACCACACCCACGGGCAACCAGCAGCAAACACAACAUGCCGCCCCCAGCCCUGUGCAGCACCAAGCUGGACAGCCCCCUCAUUUGGCCAGUGCUCAGCAGCAGCAGAACCUGUACCACACAGCUACACUGACGGCUACGCCACCAUCCAUAACCCCGGGGCCGAGCGCUCAGUCUCCACAGAGCGGUUUCCCACAGCCAACUGUUUAUGCCAUUCAUGCCCAUCAGCAGCUGCAGCACGGAUACACCAACAUGGCCCAUGUCACUCAGGCCCAUGUCCAGACUGGAAUUGCAACUGCCCCACCACCUCACCCUGGAGCUCCCCAAGUCAUGUUACUGCAUCCCUCACAGACUCAUGGUGGACCCCCUCAAGGAGGUGUGCCCCAGAGUGGUGUGCCCACCCUUUCCGCCUCCACACCAUCCCCCUACACAUACUUAGGGCACCACCAAGUUCAGUCUCAUCCCUCCCAGCAGCUUCCAUUCCACACCCCUGGGAAUUGAUGUCCACACUUCUCCCGGUGACCUGAGAUCCCAGCCAGCUAUGGCUCUGUUGCUGACCCCCCUCCCCAACCCUGGGCCAUCCAUGUGCCCAAGGCAGAGGCCCCUGAAGGGAUGCAGUCUGGCCCAGCCCCUCUUGGCAAGCACCUUCCUUUCCGUUGGUUUAGUGAAGCCUGCCCAGGGUACUGUUGACCAGCGGGAUGGAGCAAGACCCCUUUCCAUUGCCCAGAGGAGGGCAGGGUUUAUUUUCUGUUAUUUAUAACUCCACUGGGGUUCCUAGAGCAAAUGCCACUUUCCCACAUUAACUUGACAAGGACAUGACCAUAUGGACAAAUCUUGACUUUUUAUUAAGUAAAAAUAUUUAAAAAGUUAAAAAAAAUAAAAAUUUAAACUAACUAAUGUUGGGCUUGGGGUGAAUGUGUGGGAGGGUCAGUUGUAAGCAACAAUCCUUAAUUGUGAUUCUGCAGCAUCAGAGAGGAAGAAUUUGUGACCUGUCCAGCAUACAUAGUUCAACCAGACUUGAAGAACUUUUGGAAUUCAGCAUUGUCUAGCAGCAUAAUUUUCCUCUCCGAAAACAGGAUUAGCAAGGAUUUGUAGUUUGACAAUAAAGCAGAUCCUAAAGUAGUAGUUUUUAGUGCUGGGUUAUCCCGUGAAUGCAAUUACACACCAAAUUAAAAUUUUAAUUGAUGCUUUUAUUGGAAUCAAUGACACAUUAAAUUUAAGGACUUUGGGGAUGGGUAGAAGCAGUUUAUUUAUGCCAUAAUUCAAUUUGGCCUCUGCAAGAGUCUUAGUUGCUAUUGUUUUUUCUUAGUUAUAAAAAGAGAAAACAAGAAUGGUGAUGUGACUUGAAAUGUUAAAUCUCUUUUAUUUGUAGAGACCAUUUUGAAUCACUUAGAAGUCCCAGUUUUAUGCCUCAGCUUGUCACCAUCAGAGAAUUCUUUUCAAACGAGUGCAGGUUAAGUUCAACAUUAUGGACCAUGACCUUUUUGCUGCUCUUCAAUGAAAUUAUGUUUUCCUUUGUCAACCUGCUUAGUCUCAUAGUCUUACUUUGAUCCUGGCUAGUCAAUCUGAGGUAUAGGGGAUCUGGCAUUGUAUAUAGGAACCUUACAGCUGUAAUCUGAACCAACAGUUGUAAAGUGGUGAGUAAAGGAAAUGUCCUUUUU